ACUGGGAUUGCAAUGGGAGCUUUGCAGAUUGCUGGAUUUUCCAUCCUUUUCUUUCUCCUCCACACUGGAAACACGCUGGCAAAUAAAGCCAGUCAAGAUGUUGACGAGUGUGUGGAGGGCACCGACAACUGCCACAUCGAUGCCAUCUGCCAGAACACCCCCAAGUCCUACAAGUGCAUCUGCAAGUCCGGCUACACCGGGGAUGGGAAGCACUGCAAAGACGUUGAUGAGUGCGAGCGGGAGGACAACGCAGGCUGCGUGCACGAGUGCGUCAACAUCCCCGGCAACUACCGCUGCACCUGCUACGACGGCUUCCGCCUGGCACACGACGGCCACAACUGCUUAGACCUGGACGAGUGCUCAGAGGGCAACGGCGGCUGCCAGCAGACCUGUGUCAACAUGAUGGGCAGCUACGAGUGCUUCUGCCGGGAGGGCUUCUUCCUCAGUGACAACCAGCACACCUGCAUCCAGCGCCCUGAAGAAGGCAUGAACUGCAUGAACAAGAACCAUGGCUGUGCCCACAUCUGCCGAGAGACCCCCAAAGGGGGCAUCGCCUGCGAGUGCCGCCCCGGCUUCGAGCUCACCAAGAACCAGCGUGACUGCAAAUUGACCUGCAACUACGGGAACGGGGGCUGCCAGCACACCUGCGACGACACCGACCAGGGGCCCAAGUGCGGCUGCCACGUCAAAUUCCUGCUGCACUCGGACGGGGUGACGUGCAUAGGGGAGAGACACUUCCAGCAACACGUUAUCCUUGAGACGUUUUCUAAUGAGACGUGUGCUGUGAACAAUGGGGGCUGUGACAGCAAGUGCCACGACGCGGCCACCGGCGUCCACUGCAGCUGCCCCAUGGGCUUCAUGCUCCAGCCCGACAGGAAGACGUGCAAAGACAUUGACGAGUGCCGGCUCAACAACGGCGGCUGUGACCACAUCUGCAGGAACACGGUGGGCAGCUUCGAGUGCAGCUGCAAGAAGGGCUACAAGCUGCUCAUAAACGAGAGGAACUGCCAAGACAUCGACGAGUGCUCCUUUGACCGGACCUGCGACCACCUCUGCAUCAACACCCCCGGCAGCUUCCAGUGCCUCUGCCACAAGGGCUACACGCUCUACGGGCUCACCCACUGCGGAGACAUCGAUGAGUGCAGCAUCAACCGGGGUGGCUGCAAAUUCGGCUGCAUCAACACUCCUGGCAGCUACCAGUGUACCUGUCCUGCUGGCUGCAAGCUGCACUGGAACAAGAAGGACUGUGUGGCUGGUGCUUGUCCCUUGGAGCUGGUGAAGUGCCUGCCAGGUUCGGUGCCACCACGGGCCACCCUCACCUGCAACAAGAUGGGCAAGAAGGACAGCUGUGCCCUUUCCUGCACCUCCAAGGCCCGAUUUCUGCCAGAGUCCGACAGCAGCUACACCGUGAGCUGUGGGACCCCCGUCCUGCGGCAGGGUGGCCAGCACAGACCCACCAACAGCAGCCAGCAGUGCCUCGAGACUGUGGCUGCGCCGGUCAAGCAGAAAGCCUCCUUCAAGAUCAAGGAUGCCAAGUGCCACCUGCACCCCCGGACCAAGGGCAAGCAGGAGGAGGCUGGGAAGGCCGGGGCGCAAGGUGGCUCGGCACCGUGCUCUGACUGCCAGGUCACCUUCGUCAACCUCAAGUGCGACUCUUCCAAGAAGGGGAAGGGGCGCCGGGCUCGCAACUCCCCCAACAAAGAGGUGACACGCAUCACGCUGGAGUUCGAGGCGGAGAUCAAGCCUGAGGAGAUCACAGCCAGCUGCAACUUGCACUGCCUGCGACAGAGAGUGGAGAAAAAGCUGAAGUCGGCCAUCAAAGCCCUGAAGAAAUCCAUCAACCAGGAGCGGUUCCUGCUGCGCUUCUCAGGGAUGGAGUACGAGGUGGCCCGGAAGCUGAGCGUGGCCCCGGAGCGGCAGGAGAGCUGUGGGCCGGGCCAGCAGCGCCUGGCCAGCAAGUGUGUCAGCUGCUCGCAGGGAACCUAUUACCACGGGCAGACGGAGCAGUGCGUGCCCUGCCCCCCCGGCACCUACCAGGAGAAGGAGGGGCAGCUCUCCUGUGACCUGUGUCCCCGCGGCGACACCUUCGGGCCCAUAGGAGCCACCAACAUCACCGGCUGCACCGGUCAGUGUCCCCCUGGCCAGCACUCUGCUGAUGGCUUCAAGCCCUGCCAGCCGUGUCCCCGUGGGUCCUACCAGCCCGAGGUGGGACGGGCGCUCUGCUUCCCCUGCGGCGGGGGGCUGACCACCCGCCACGAGGGAGCCCUCUCCUUCCAGGACUGCGACACCAAAGUGCAGUGCUCCCCUGGGCACUACUACAACACGAGCGUCCACCGCUGCAUCCGCUGCGCCGUGGGCACCUACCAGCCCGAUUUCCGGCAGAAUUACUGCAUCUCCUGCCCUGGCAACACCACCACCGACUUCGACGGCUCCACCUCGGUGUCCCAGUGCAAAAACCGGCAGUGUGGAGGGGAGCUGGGUGAGUACACGGGCUACAUCGAGUCCCCCAACUACCCGGGGAAUUACCCCGCCAACAUCGAGUGCACCUGGAACAUCAACCCCCCGCCCAAGCGCAAGAUCCUCAUCGUGGUGCCGGAGAUCUUCCUCCCCUCCGAGGACGAGUGCGGCGACGUCUUGGUCAUGCGGAAAAACUCCUCCCCAUCCUCCAUCACCACCUAUGAGACCUGCCAGACCUACGAGAGGCCCAUCGCCUUCACCGCCCGCUCCCGGAAGCUCUGGAUCAACUUCAAAACCAGCGAAGCCAACAGCGCUCGCGGCUUCCAGAUCCCCUAUGUCACCUACGACGAGGACUACGAGCAGCUGGUGGAGGACAUCGUGCGGGAUGGAAGGCUCUACGCCUCCGAGAACCACCAGGAGAUCCUCAAGGACAAGAAGCUCAUCAAAGCUUUCUUCGACGUGCUGGCACACCCCCAGAACUACUUCAAGUACACAGAGAAGCACAAGGAGAUGUUGCCCCGCUCCUUCAUCAAACUCCUGCGCUCCAAAGUCUCCAGCUUCCUCCGGCCUUACAAAUAGCCCCCCGCCGCCCCGGGCCGCCCCGCAGCCAAGGAAACCCUCUUCUCCCUUCCUUCUCCUUUCUGAUUUUUCCUUCCUCCGCCUGGCUCCGGCAGGAUCGCCACUGCUCGCCCCGCAGACGUCCCCCCACGAUUUCCCUGCCGCUCCCUGCAGAGCUGCGCUCCCAGCCGGGGGCACGCUCCGGUCUCAUCCAGCGGCGGUGAAGCCGCUCCUCUCUUCCGAAGCAGCUUCUUCGAAGGUUUUAGGAAACUGAAGUAGUGGUCCUUUCGCUGUCCCGUGUCCUCCCUUUGGUUUCCUUUACGCCAGGUCCGUCCCCGUUCCCUGGUGCCAGCAGCAGCCCAGGACAGUGUGGGGGGUCCUUGUCUCUGCAGCCCCGCGGAGCCCUCGCGGAGGAGCGCAGGAGGUGACGCCGUGUCCACCGCAGCGCCGGGCCCCGGCUACCGGCGCCGCUUUGCAGAGGUCGGGGGGGGGAAAAGAACUGACAAAGCCGACUUGAUGAGAAAGGAAAUGCGAAGGAGUGAUGGCAAAGCCCACCAGCGCAGCACCGUGGUGGCUCUGGCCCGCUGGAGAGCCGUGCUGGUGCUGGGAGGGAAGCACAGCCAAGCCACGUUCCCGGAGAACAAUGUCUGGCUGCACGGGAGAAAACAGGGAGCAAAGGAGAUGGACUUUCAGCCGGGUUCGAUUUUUUUUUUCUUCCCCCCCUGCCCCCCCCACACCCCAGACACUUGUGCCAAGAAACCAGACUUUGUUACAAGCUCUGCCAAAGAGUAACUCGGAAAAGCAAGCUUUGAGAAGAGCAGGAGUUAAUGUUUGUGCACUAGGAUAUCCUCCUUUCUACCUUUUUCAUAUGUAUUAAGUGCAAUCAUUUGAGUCUUCCUUAUAUUAUUUAGAGGGAAGUUUGUUUUGUUUUUUGUUUUUUGUUUUUUUUUCUACUAGAAACGACAAUAUUUAUAACUGCCUGAGAAAUGAGAAUGUGUGUUUGCAAGAAAACAAAAACCACCCACCCAGAGCGAGCCGGGCCCUGGGCUGCGCUGACCAGCGCGAUGGCAUCUUCAGGCCUUUUCUGCCACAUUUGUCCCCGAUAAAAGCCCCUCUCUGGGGGGAGAUGGUGCCUCUUCUGCUCGGUGCAAUGGGGUGAGUUUUCGCAGGGAGUUGGAGGUGUCUUGGUUCAUCCAUGGGGGGUGGAGUUGGUCCUGUCAGACUGAUCCACCACAGUUUGGGUGUUGUUCCAGCCCCGUUGAGGGGGCAUCAAAACUCAGCCCUGGCACCUGCUUGUUGCAAACUGAUUUGCUUCCCUGCAGGGGCUCAGGGGUGAGCCAACACCUGCUGAGGACAGGUCUGGGGGGCACGCUGGGUGGAGAGAGGAGCUGCCCUCCACUCAGCCCCGAAAUCUCCCCCCCAGAUACAGCAAUCCCCCUGUGCAGAGCCACCCUCACAGACCUGGGGAGGUUUUGUGAGUCCCACCAGCCAUUUUUGGCCCCAUCCCUGUGUGUUCUCACCCUGCAGGGAUGCUGUGGGAGUCCCUCCCAAGGGAGUGGGGUGCAAAUCCCAGGGAAGACCCAUCCUGCCACCCCUUGUUUCACUGCAUCUGCCUCCCCCAGACAGGCUCAGCUGGGGACAAUGGCCAGGUGGACACCACUGGUGGCUUUGUCCCCCCAGCAUCUUCAUGUGGACAGACAGGACUCCCAGGGACAGGCAACCGCUACCACCACUCAGCCCUCCUCCUCCUCCCCAUGCCUCCCUACUUUUCCAGCCCUGCUGCCAGCUCUCAGCUGUCAUCCUCUCCCCACCUUCAUCCUCAUCUUCAUCCUCUCAAAGACCUGAAGCUGCCAGGACUAAACAUGAUCGACCUGCCGGUAGCUCUGCCAGUGGCAGGUCCCUUCCCAUCACUGUCCCCACUUGCUCUUCACUGUCCCUUUGCCCACACCUGAGCCCAGCCCUGCUUUUAACAAACCAAUUAUUUAUUGCUCUGUGUGUCCCACUGGGUCCAUCUUUCCUGCAUCUGGGGGAAGCAGCUGCUCAUCCCUGCUUUCCCUCCUUGGACCCCACACUGCUCCAGCACCCCAAGAGCCUCUCCCAGGCUCUGUGAGGGGCUGCAGGCGGGCUGAGCACUGCCACAGGGGCUGAGGUUUGUCCCCAAGAUGCGUCGGUUGGAAAAGUCUCUCCUGAUUCAUCCCAGCUGUGGAUUUUCCCCUCCUGCCGCCGGCUCCCAGCCUGUUUGGAAGCUCCACAUCUGUGGGCUGAGCUGUUUGUCACUUGGUCGCUGUCUGAAAGCAGCUGCUUUAAUGCACAAAAGCUGCUGUAGGGAUCUGGAAAGGUCUUGUGGCUCUGGGACGCUGGCGCAGGCCAGUGACCUUUGAAAGGGUCCUUGGCAUUUAGAAGGAAAAAAAAACCACCAGCAGCAAAAAUAAAAUCAGCCCAGGAAUGACCAGUGUGGUGCCCUGGAGUGCCACAGCCCCUCCUGCCCACCGAGGUUCAUUAACUUUGAUUAACUCUGGCUCAUCUGAUGUCAGGUUACUGCCCAGCUGCCUUUGUGGGGUGUCCUGGCUGUCACCCGUGUCACCACACCAGCCACCUCUGCUUCCCUGUUGUGGAAGGAUGAGGUGGGCAGCACAUCCUCCUGGAACGGCCAAAGGCACCUGCAAAUGGUGCUUCCCCCUUCUCCUUUCACCAAAUAGCUCAAAAAAAGCCCCCAGAAUUCCACAGGAGCCCAGCCCCACUCCUCACCCACCCCCCUCAGAAUGGGUUUGAAAGGCUGAAACCCACAUCAGCCACCUCGGGGAUUAAGGUUUUGAAGCAGUCAAAAAAAAAAUUAAGGGUUGUUGGGUUUUUUUUUUUUUUUUCAUGGAGUAUUUAUAUCUGCCUUUUGCAGCGGGCCAGGAUUGCCAUCUCCAGCAGAAACUAUUAAAGUGAUGAGCAAGAUGUAGUUCAUGAAGUUAUUUGCACUUGAUUAAAAGAAAAAAAAAUUGUUAUUUGAACUUUGUAAAAAGAAAUGUUUGCAUUUUGUAUUGUCUUUUUUUAAUUAUUAAAUGGAAU